GAGGCGUGGGAUGACGGCUCGGCUUGGUUGUGUGUGUGAGGAUGUAGAUCGGGAUGUAGAGACAGCAUUUUGUGCGAGUCAGCGCGGUUGUUGUGUAUUUCCGCCUUGGAAUGCGGAUGGGGGCGUGGGUUAUGUAGUAGGGUAGGGGAAGUCGGUGUGGAUCAUGCAAGUAACUCAGUCUCCUGUUUAUUGUGCGCGACCGGAGGAUAUACCGCACGCGGUCAAGCGUCAUUGGCUCUCUGCAAUGUUCCUGUCCUGUCCUGUCCUGUCCUGUCCUGUCCUGUCCUAUCCUGUCCUGUCCUGUCCUAUCCUGUCCUGUCCUGUCCUGUCCUGUCCUGUCCUGUCCUGUCCUAUCCUGUCCUGUUCCUGUUCCACUCCAGCACCACCCAUUGUUCAGACUCGACUUGUCAGCUCCGCACUCUCCCUGUCAACAAAGCAAUAUAAACCUACACCACACCCCAGCCUCCGCUUCGGUGCCCGACCCCACGGGCCACGGCGAUGUGCGCUUCAACCCACCACAUCCCGCUCGUUGAGCAAAAUGCUCAGUACCCUGUGUCUCCGGCGGCGGUGGACUUUGUUGUGUAUGUCUGCGGCAUCCUGAUCUUCAACAGCACGUCAAUGGGUCCUCCCCCUGUCGUCGUCGUGUAUCCGAUGAGGUGCGGGGUUGCUGCCGCUGGUGAAACUUCCGUCGCGGGGGCGUGGCCAUAGGGCUCACUGGAAUGCUUAUAAGUGC